AUGUGGAUAGAGAAGGAUAUCGGGGGAAGAUGCGCGAGGGGGGGAGCACUCAGCCAGCAAGUGAACGACGGCAUUGAAACGUUAAAGCGGAAUAACAAUUUCCUGUUUAGCGCCAUUGGCGGGAAUCUUCCUUCUGAGGCGAAAAAGAGGCGCUGCGAGGAACGACUGCGUAGACCGAACCGCUCGACGAAAUCGGGUGGAUCGGCAAUGUUGACUGCGUCCACCAGGUGUUGGACGACCGCAAAGAAGGAUGAGCAGUCGUCGGGCAAGUCCAAAGGAGGGAAAGCCCACCCGUGCAGAAAAGGAGAAAAGGGGGAAGAAUUACCCAGAGGAGGUGACCCCCCCAGGGGAGAUAACUGCAGAGACAAAACAAACGCUGCUACAUGCCGGAAUGACGAUGGAGGAAACGCUAGAAAUAAAACUUGGCGCAAAUUGAGUAGCGCCCAUUCGGCGAAGGAACCCCAAGUGACCUCCUCACACGGGAGACCCAACCAACCGAUGGAUAAGUGCCCCACGAGUGGAUCCGAAUGGAAAAGCAGAAAUGUUUGCGAUUUUGACGGGACUCACUACAAAAGCACGCAGUACUUAAACAACAGUGCUGUCUACAAUGAUAGCAUCGUGAAUAAUGAGACGGUCGUAUGCCAAGAAUGGCCAGAGUUGAGCAACCCAGGGGAUUCUGCGGCGGCCUCGACCACGGAGAGGAAAGGGAACAAGGGGUGCCAACUGGACAACACAGAUGCACACCAAAUGGAUAAAAUGGACGCGCACCAAGUGGACAUCCCCGAGGAGGGGAUGGAUGACCCCCCGCUAAUGGCCCCCCUGUUAAAGAAGCAAAACCUCCUAACGAGCAUACAAGACGUUAUCCAAAAGGACAUUCCCACGUUGAUAAAAAACACAGUAAACAACCACCUGGCCGAAAACAUAAACUACCAAGUGCAGGAAGCAAUAAAAAAAAAACUGUCCAACUUUCUUGAUCAUAACGGAACCGACAUUUCAGAGAAGAAGGCACAAAACGUUACUACACAAGCUAUGCAAGACCAACUGAGCGACCUAGUCAGCGCCGAAAUGAGAAAGAAUGCAAACCAUAUCUACGCCACGGUAGGGAAGCGAAUUCAACAAAAUGUGAAUGAAGAAAUAGAGAGGAACACACACUUGAUGAAUAAGCAGAUAGAAAAAAACGUAACCGACCAGAUUGAAACAAACCUUGAAAGAGUAUACAACCAGGUUGAUCUAAAGGUAGGAAAAAAAGUCAGUAAUGAGCUAGCCAAAAAUAUGAAUAGCGUUCAGAGUAAUCUGCUCCAAAAUGUAAACAACGAACUGAAGAGAAAGGUAGAACUAAUUGGAGCAAAUGUAGACAGUCAGGUAAGAGUGCUCAUCUCAAGUGAGCUCAAAAGAAACCUAGACUUCCUACACGAUCGCAUUAACGAUAAUAUGAAUAAAGGGUUAAAAAAAUGUCUUUCCAUUUUAAGCAGAAAUUUUGACGACAACUUGCAUGAGCAGAUGGACAGAUGUGUCCAGAUUUUUCUGAACAAAGUUUGUGAGUGCCUAAGUGAGGAAAUUAAAAACAAGGUUAACGUGAUGGAGAAAAAUAUGCUCACCACCUGGGACGAUCACGUUUUGGAAAAGGUCACAAGUAGAACGGAGGAAGCGAUAAACAGAGUUCAGGAGACAAUAACAAUAAUGGAUAGCACCACGAACCGAACGGAAGAAGCUGUUGGAUUAACUAAACACAUCGCGGAGGGCAUCACCUCCGAGGUGAGAAGCUGCUUCGAUCAGUUAGGUACAUCCGUGAAGGAAGGCAUUUCUGGGGAUCUGAAAAGUGGCCUCCAAGACCUCAGUAAGGAGAACGAAGUGGCGUCUGUAAAGAUGGCCCAAGUUAUAUGUGCCAAGGUGGAGACCGCGACAAGCUCCGAGUUGGCACGACAAAUGGGUUCUCUACUCGGUGGUCUUCGCAACGAAGUGAGGGACAAUCUGGGCAGCAUGGAGGUCGCUCUGAAGGGGAAUCUGAAGGGAAGUCUCGAGGGAACCUUCAUGCGAAGCGUAGAGACAAUGUUGAAGGGAAGUAUAGAAGGUUCCCUCAGUCGAAGCGUAGAGACGAUCCUGCGGGAAGAAGUCAGCAAAACCGCCCAAAUGCUGCACACCGAUGUGUUGGUAGAAGAGUCCAAAAGGAACGACUCAAAAUUAGAGGCAGUCCUGAAAAACGCGAACAAGAAUUUCGACGCCCUGAUCAAAGCGCAGAGAUCCCUAUCGACCAACCUGAGCAAAGAAAUGAAAGUCGUAAAGGAUGUAAAGGCCAACAUGGUUGACGUGAAAACAUUUUUUAAAACGUGCUUAACCUGUCUUCAAGAGAAAUUGUCUGACGAGAUGGAGAAAAAUACCAACACAGUGAUAAAAACGAGUGAGUCUGUCCUUAGCAGGUUGGACAGUUCGUUUUCCGGAAUGGAUAUAAUGCUCACUUCACUUUGCGAGAAAUUGGUUGAGCGGGUUGGGGAAACCAACGAGAAGUAUGCUCAUCGCAUUGCAGAAGAGGUUGGUACGGUGGCGAAUAUUCAACAGAGUUUUAUAAAAGACCAGAACACCGCAACGGAGGAACGUCUCGAAAAGCUAACCCACGAUCUACUCCAUAUGAGCGAAGCAACCGCACAAAGGACACACGAACGGUUGAGCAUCACCAACAACGAUGUACUAAGUACCUUUAUCGACACUUUACAGAAGGAAAAGGUUCACAUGAUUAUGCACGCAGAAGAAAUUAUGGCCUGUUUGAAGAAGAGCAUAGAAGAACACUCCAGAAACAUGCUGGACAAUUUGAGGGGGUUGCUUAAUGAGAAGGACGAACACAUGGUGGAGGGAUUAAAACGGGUCAGCAGCGAAUUUGACGUUAAACUGGGAGAACAAGCCAAACAGUUUUUAAAUCACCUCGACCGGAAGAUAAACGAUGCCAUUAUUGGGGGGAGAGUACAGUGUGAGGGGGGUACACAUAAGCAUAAGCAUAAGAACGCCCACCAGGUGCACAGAAUCCCCUUAGCGACAAACCAGGUUAAACCAUUUCGUGUCGACAACAAGAAGAGGUACCUAAUUGGUAGAGACAUUAUUGGAAAUCCUCUGGGCAGCACCGAUGGGGGAAAGCACAGACAAAGGAAGUGUAGAAUGAAGCGUGGACUGGAGCAGAAGCAGUACCAUGGAAGGCAACGCGAUGCAACGCACCGGGAGAUGAACCAACCCAACAAAUGCAUCAGGAAAAGUGUAAAUAAGAGGAAGCCAAUUUACGUGGUCAAUUACUUAAGGAGCAAAAACAACGAUCUCGUUGAGGUCGUUCAGCAUCUGCAAGAAAAGACGAAAAAGAUAAGAACCCUGUGA